UGCAGCUAGUUUAUUUGUAAUUGUGAGCGUAAUUUCAUUAUAUAUAUAUAUAUAUUAUAAUAUAGAAAUGGCCUUAGCGAUGAGGAUGGGGAGAAUAGUGAGUGGUAGCGUGGUAAUAUUGAUGGCGAUGGAAUUGAUGACAGGGAUGAUCAUUAGUAGUAGAAGUGGAUCAUCAUCGUCUGCAUAUAGAUUUGGAUUUGGAGCGGUGGAUGCAGGUCCAGGCGGCGGCGGUCUGAGCAUGAACUACUACACACUGAGCUGCCCGAUGGCGGAAUUCAUCGUGAAGAACACAGUCAACGCGGCGCUGCAGGCGGAUCCAACGCUGGCGGCAGGACUCAUAAGAAUGCACUUCCACGACUGUUUCAUCGAGGGAUGCGACGCUUCCAUUCUGCUUGACUCCACCGAAGACAACACUGCCGAGAAGGACUCUCCCGCCAAUCUCAGCCUCCGGGGUUACGACGUCAUUGACGAUGCCAAAGACCAGCUCGAGCAGCAGUGCCCUGGAGUCGUUUCCUGCGCCGACAUCCUCGCCAUGGCCGCCAGAGACGCCGUUUUCUUUGCAGGAGGGCCAGUAUACGACAUACCAAAAGGAAGAAAAGACGGAAAGAGGUCUAAAAUAGAAGACACCAUCAAUCUCCCAUCGCCCACCUUCAAUGCCUCCCAACUCAUCUCUAUGUUUGCUCACCACGGUCUCACUGCCCAAGACAUGGUCGCCCUUUCUGGGGCGCACACCCUUGGAGUAGCUCGGUGCUCGUCGUUCAAGAACCGAGUGACGGGUAGUACUCCGGACGCAGACUUGGACUCAAACUUUGCGAAGACGCUUUCAAAGACAUGCAGCGGCGGAGACAACGCGGAGCAGGCCUUUGACGCCACGAGAAAUGAUUUCGACAAUCUAUACUUCAACGCUCUCCAGAGGAAGGCCGGCCUUCUCUCCUCCGACCAAACACUCUUCAGUUCCCCAAGAACAAGUCGCUUCGUCAACUCCUACGCACUCAACCAGGCCAUGUUCUUCUUCGACUUCCAGCAGGCCAUGCGCAAGAUGGGUUCCCUCGACAUCAAAUUUGAUCACUCCUCCAAUGCCCAAGUGCGUGCCAACUGCCGUUCCAUUAAUUAACGUCUAUAUAUAUAGCUACCUGUUAUUAUUAACUAUAUGUGCGUGUAUAUAUAUAUAUAUAUGUGA